GGCCCAUUGGAAAGACGUGACAGCCGUUUUGGGGACAUGGUGCUCUAACCGAACAGUGAGGCGGUAAGGGUGGUAAGAUUGAAGGAUUCGGAUGCACAACAGGGGUGGGCUAUCUGUCGCGAUUGCGAGGCAUGCCGCGCACAGACGGUUAGGGUCGUCUGAGGAUCGGGACGAGGGUUCGUUGUGGCAGGUGAUGCCGUUACGAUGCCAGGCAGGUUUGGAGAGUCUGAAUCCAAGACAUAAUGGACACUCGUUCUGCGAGUACAGGUAUGUCGAGGCUAUGUUUGGGGCUGCAGAUUAUCGCCAGAACGCGCGUUUCGUGGGCGCGAACGGGCAUCUCGGGACUCCUGCCCUGGGUUGUGAUGAAAGUUCCACAAAGACAACGGUCCGAUACUGUGGCUGUUCAUUUCUCGCACGCCACGUGGCGCAGUGUGGAGUGUGCAUGACAGACGUUAUCAGGGUCUUUUCUAGGUUCCGCUUCCGCUUAUCCGACCCCUGUCCUGUGAAACGUUGCGCACGUUCACCCGGGCAUGUGCCAUCUCCUUCUUCGAGUCAGCCAAAUGACGCUUCUUCAGGGUUAUAUCCGGUUUCUUCUGCGUCGCGUUCUGGUGUCAGAGUCUCUUUUGUCGUCGUUGCUGUCGUCACAGUGCUGCGUUCCCACGUUGUGGCACCGAUCGUUGUUGCGCGGGCGGGGCUGGCGAUGACGCUGUGUUCUGCAGUGCGGUGGCCUUGGGAUCGAGGUAUACUUCCGCGCCGGUAGGCCAGUUAUUCUUGUACCGAACCAGAUUCCAUCGCCCGACACAUCCUGACCGUAUUAGAGUGAAGUAGUCUAGGCUUCUUGAAUGCCAUGCGUCCAACAACAGUAUCAGCGAGGUUGAACUCGUCCCAAUCCAA